UCUCAAAACAAAAUCAUCUUUUCUACUGGUAUCAGUUCCCAUGGAUAUCUAUUGAAGCCUGAUGAAGUUUGGUCAUAUGUAGGAGGAGUUUGGAUAAGACCUGAAUGAAUUGAAUGACCUUUGCAAAUUCACAGUGAGAUAAUGAAAAGAUCUAGCCGUGUCUGUGUGAUGCUGUCAUUAACUUGUGAUGGCCAUCAUCCAAAAGUGUUCAUCUUUGAUAUCUGAAGAUUACAAUUGUUGUCGUUUCCGACGUCUCAAUUUGCUGGUAGCUGAUGCAGACAAGAUAAACUUGACGUUUGGUUACAGCAUUUAGGAUUUGAUAAGCAAUGUCCGGCAAAGGCGGUGUCAACUUCAGCGGGAAGUGGGAGCUGGUAUCUUCUGAAAAGUAUUUGGAAUGGCUGGAGGCUAUGGGCUUACCGGAGGCCGAGCGCCAGAGAGGCCUAGCGAACACACCCAGCCUGGAGAUCAUUCAUGAGGGAGAUGCAUUUGACUACGUGUCCCGGAAGGGUGGCAUUGUGAAAAAAGUAAGCCAGAAGAUUGGGGAGGAGUACUUGGACCAGGCGCAUGGCCUGAGCGAAAUGAGGGUGCCGCAUUGGGAAGGGGACAAGCUGGUCAUCUGUGCUGCCAGUAACCCGCCGGGCCAAUGGACCACCACGUGUCAGCUGGAUGGUGACCGACUGCUCCUGUGCUACAUCAGUCACCACGACGGCAAAGACGGCGUGACGGCCAAGAGGUGGUUUGCUCGCAUUGGGGACCCAGAUGCCAUUGUGUAAAAAACCUGAUGCUGCUGGACAGACCACCAGCACGACGGUGAAGGCAACCAGGGAGAGCAAGGCAAUGGAUACCAGGCAGAUGCACUUGCGACGCUGGUGGGGGUCAU